AUGUCCGUCACGACCACCCAGAGAACAGGAUCAAGCAGCACUGAACACGCCCCUCAGUCGACGCGACAGAAUUCUUGGACAUUAACUGGCGCUGACCAGCCCAAUGAGGCGCAUGCAAACUCCAUUCUCUGCUCGUCGAUUGUAUUGGGCUUCUAUCUACAGGUAGUAAAUACACUAGCUUUCUUGGGAGCGAUUUUGGGAAAGGUCCUAGGGGCAGCCAGCUCCCCGCUGCUGGGUUGGAUUACGUCUGAAGGAAUCUCCGCUCAUGCCAGCGCUAUUUACGCCAAGUUUAAGGGGCCGUGGAAGAGUAAGGUUGAUCUUGUUGGCAAGGUCAUUGUACUCCUGGCUCUGGUUGUUUCCGUUCUGGCUUUGUGGCCUGCUUUUGCCGGAGCGAGCGACGGAAAGAGAGCAACCAUCCUCGCGCAGUGGACGGCGAGGAAGGACUACUUCGAAUUCUGCGAAACACACGAUUGGCAGGCUUCGGGCUGCAAUACUACCAAAGAAGAACCGCUAGGACCUCCGCCUAUCCUUGACCCAAGGGACACCAGACACGGGAAGACGGUGGAUAAUCCUACCGAGCCAGUCUCACCUAUCCUGCAUAUUGGAAUCAUUGCCAUGAUUGCCAUGGUUGUUUCACUCAGGUUGCGGCCACUUCAGCAACAGAUGUUGCGGUGCGCCGCAAAAUUACUUGGGCGACCCCAGGUCCUCGCACCCAGGGCCCGUCUAGUUCCUGCUUUUGGUGUUGUUAACCGCGAGCAUAAUCUACGUCGAGUUCAUGCGGAUCCUCCCCCUAUCGCAUUCGGUACUUUGUCCAGCUUUGAGUUCAGUUUUCGCUCAAACGUUUCGAUACCGGCUGUGGCGACGUCGCUAGACAACUCAAGCCAUGGCGGAUUGCGUCAACGGAAAUUCCAGAUGACCAUUCCCGGCCCCGACACACGAAAAGACGUUCCUCCUCCCUUACCUCCGCCACGAUUCCCCUCCGGUACACAAUCACGAAGAUAUGCGAGACCUCCGAGAUAA